AUGGAUAGAAAAUCUGCUAGAAUAAAAGCAGAGUUGCAAAGAUAUGGUUGGAGAGUUUCGAAGAAUUUUAAAUAUAGGAAGGGAAGACCCAUAAAAGUCUAUGACAAAUUGUCUGGUCUUCGCUACGAAAUGGAUUUGGAAACAGCACGUGCCAAUUAUCCAAACAGACUAGAGAGGUUAGAAGAAGAACGUCUUAUGGACAUGCCUUUCGAUGUUAGUGAACCUCAAGUUGAAGGACACGACGGCUUUGCCAGAUUCUACUGGAAACAUGACGAACAAUUGCAUCCUUUGAGAAGGAAAAAAGGAAAAGGUGAAGACACACAUGCUCCCAUGGAAAGAACAAGAUAUGCAUAUGAAAAGUAUCGUGAAGUUAGAAGUCAAAUUACAUCUGGUCGAACCUUUACAGUAAACUUUGACGAAGGAAAGAACAAAGAAGGCUUCAUGGGAGUACUUGCUGCAAUUCAAGACGGAAAUAAGAAAGGACACAAUCUCAGAUUGACCAUAACAGAUUUGGAUG